AUGGUCAAUCGCACCGCUACCCUCAUCCACCACGUCGCCUCCUCGACUGCCGCUCCUGCUGCUCUGCCUUCGUCCACUGGCUACCUGUCCUUCCUCAGCACCCCCUUCUCGGCCGACGCAAUCAAAGGUUUCGGUGGAAUGUUUGCAUACAUUGGCUCGAGAUGGGCUCUCGCGACCUUUGCCAUCUCCAUCUUCCUCAACCGCACCCACUUCUACGCUUCGUCCCGCCAGAGCUUGAAUCCCCGCUGGCAUACCCGUCUACUCCUUUACUCGGCUCCUAUCCUGCUCCUCUCCUACCACGUCUUGUCCAUUUCGCAAGCUCUCAAGUGUCAGACAUCCCCCGACUAUCCUCUAUUGCGAUAUGGCGACCCCAACAAGCAUCUAGCCAUCAACUUUGGUGGUGAAGGCGGCUUUGUACAUGACUUCAGCUCCACCCUGCUGUUCUGGAAAUCCGAUGUCGAAUGCUGCCGCGCAAUGAACAUGUCCCUUCAGGACGACAAAUUUCUCGAUGUCAUGGGCUCUUUCUCGCUCCUCUGGCCUCUGUUCCUCGCGUUCUGCUUCAGCCAGUUCAUCGAAACCCUGAAUUGUGCUCUUCAAGGAAGACAGCCCUUGCCAGAGACCGGCAUGACCACCUUUGAACACUCGCUGGCUUUUGCCGAGUCGGAGGCCAUGCUUACCAACGCCAUCGGCCUGAGUAUCUUCGGUCCCGCCGACUCGACUUCCUCUCGGCCCAUCUCAGACGACUCAUCCGACCCUUCGGACCUGUCCAGCAUACUCCUGACCAAGUCCAUGGUCCUCCAGCGCCUCAACGUUCCUUCAGAAGUCUUGCUAAUCGCCCUCAUCUCGUGUAUGAGCCACAUCAGUAGCGCAGUACUCGCUAUCACCGGCCGGAGACAUCAAGUGCGUCUGGUCAACACGGCUAUCUGGGCCGUAUGCUACAUGGCUGCUUUCUGCUGGAGCUUCGUCAACGCUCUCUCUAGUCCCCUCGGUUCUGAUAUCAGCAUUCUUCGCUUCCCUACUGUCUGCAUCAUCGGCUUCAUUCCUCACAUGCUCAUCAUUCUAGGCAUUCUAGUUUGCUCGUGCAUUUACGGUGUGGCUCUGCUGCUCAAUGCGCUAUCGCUUCCGCCAACUGCACCGCCGAACCCAUCCAUUAAGGAGCGCUUCUCGAUCGCUUUCAACAAUAUGCAAGCAAAUGUUCAGUUCUCAUCUGUCUCAUCCAUGAGGCUGAGUUGGACCGAAGACUUCUACACUGUGCUGCUGAAAAUAGGCUUCAACGUGCUUACAGCUGCAAGCGAGUCUGUCUUCUUGAACGAAGGAAGCAAGAUCCAAAUUCAUGCCAUGACCUGGCUCGAAGAAGAGCGAAUUCAGGAGUUCACCUCCAUGUUGGAGGAUCGCCGCCGAGCGAGCAUAGUCCCCUCUGACUUGGUCGACGAACGUAUCGCCAAGGGUCUUAGCUUCACAGAUCACAAAACAAUGCCCUCAGCAUCAGGGUUCGCCGUGGAGAGACGAUCAAAAUCGUCUACAGAGACCGGCAGCAAAAGAGCCGUAACCAAUGACAAUGGCCUAGGUAUUGCAGAACGGCGUGGCAGAUGGCAGCUUAGCUUUGAGUUCCUGAAAGGUCUGCUCUGGUUGCUUGUUCGUAUCAACAGCCGUCUCGCCUUGACUUGUCUAUCGAUGCUGGGUAUAGAGCGAGUGCCCGACUGGCUGACCAGGACCGCCGACUACAGACAGCCCUCUGGCUCUUCUUCAUCUUCCAAACAAGGAUCAGGUCAACGAGCCUCGACGCCUGACUUCUGGUUGGUCUCGGAGAGGGGCGUCUUGUCUUUGCCUGAGAACGCUAACGUCGAUGUCGAAGUCGAGAUGCGCAGACGCCUUCAAGCUUCCACUGGUUCUGCUGUAGGGGAAGACGCUGUCGAUUCUGACCUUUACAACUGGUGGAAAAAGGGUGGAUGGUGGGGAGAUGUGGACGCCAGCGGCCCGUACGAAGCCAGAGAGCAAGACGACGAUACGACCAGCAUGAUCUCCACGUCGAGUAGUGCGUACAGUGAAGCCGACUCAGAAGACGAGAGCGGCAGAAGGACACCCACGCAAGAGGACUACAGCCAAAGUCGAGAGCAGACUCCUGCAGCAGGUUUCGAAGUGGCAGACCUCGCUCGCCUACUGGAUCCACAGACAGCAGUAGACAGAGAGGAAGCACAGAUGCUUGCUCGCCACCUUCAGAGCAACAAGCCGAUGACCCGCUCCCAAUACCGUCAGCGGGUGAAUCGCGACAAAGCACGAGUGUUGGACGUUCCGUAUGUCGAGUCCGCCUUCAGCGAAAACACAGAAGGGGCCUCGAGUUCGGUCGCCGAGGCAGAGACUCUAGAACGAUUUCUCCUCGAGCGUCGUCAAGCCAAACGUCCAGAGCUUGGUGGAGAUGUUGGCUCGUGGGACUCGGGCGCCGAUGGGAUGGGUUCUAGUGGUCCACAGUGUGUCGUCUGCCAGAGCAACUCUCGAGUCAUUGUUGCAUGGCCCUGUGGCUGCCUCUGCGUGUGCGAUGAGUGCCGCUUGCAGGUAGCCACUCGUAACUUUACCAAGUGCAUGUGUUGCAGGACCAAGGUCGUAGCCUACUCCCGACUUUAUGUUCCUUAG